AAAUUUGAUGAUGUUAUCAAGUUCACCCUAGUUGCAUAAAAUUUAAAUCGGCAUGAUCUUCUGUGAGGUUCUCUUUUCACGAAUUGGAACUGGUGGAACUAUCACUGGUGUUGGUCGAUUUAUUAAAGAGAAAAAUCCCAAAACGCAGGUUAUUGGUGUAGAACCUACCGAAAGCGAUAUACUUUCUGGUGGCAAACCGGGACCUCACAAGAUUCAAGGAAUUGGAGCUGGAUUUAUACCUAAGAAUUUGGAUCAGAAAAUUAUGGAUGAAGUCAUAGCGAUUUCAAGUGAGGAAGCUAUAGAAACCGCAAAGCAACUAGCUCUUAAGGAAGACUUGAUGGUUGGUAUAUCAUCUGGAGGUGCUGCUGCUGCAAUCAGGGUCGCGAAGAGACAUGAGAAUGUUGGAAAACUCAUAGCUGUUUUGAUGAUCAAAUGGUUUAUCUGGUCAGUGUUGCCCUCAUUUGGAAGGUAUCAUUUUUUAGUAAUGGGUAGCAAAGUGGUGAUGUUCAAGUGGUCUAAGAAUAUCACGCCUUCACAAGUUAUUAAACUGAUGCGAGCUGAAAAAGACGUGGAGAAGUCGAUUGCCGUUUUUGAUUCCGCUACGGCGGAAUACGCAAAUGGGUACUUACAUGAUCAGGGUUCUUUUGGUUAUAUGGUGUCGAGGUUGGUCUCUGCUAAUAAGUUCAAAGCAGCUGAAGAUCUGAUUGUUAGAAUGAGGGUUGAGAAUUGUGUUGUUAGUGAAGAUAUAUUGCUUUCGAUAUGUAGAGGGUAUGGUCGGGUUCAUAGGCCAUUUGAUUCUUUGAGGGUUUUUCACAAGAUGAAGGAUUUUGAUUGUGAUCCUAGCCAGAAGGCUUAUGUCAGUGUUCUUGCUAUUCUCGUGGAAGAGAAUCAGUUAAAUUUAGCCUUUAAGUUUUACAAGAAUAUGAGAGAGAUUGGUUUGCCUCCUACCGUGGCCUCUCUCAAUGGUUUAAAACCUGAUGCUGGAUUAUAUGGGAAAGUAAUCAGUGGGUUUUGUGCUGUCAGUAAGUUUCGCGAAGCUGCCAAUUUCCUCGACGAGAUGAUUCUAGGAGGAAUUACUCCAAAUCGUUUAACUUGGAACAUCCAUGUUAAGACAAGUAAUGAAGUAGUCCGAGGUCUUUGUACAAACUAUCCAAGUCGUGCAUUUACUCUAUAUCUAAGCAUGAGGAGUAGAGGCAUCUCGGUUGAGGUUGAAACACUAGACUCCUUGGUGAAGUGUUUGUGCAAAAAGGGUGAAUUCCAGAAAGCUGGUCAAUUAGUUGACGAGAUAGUGACUGACGGGUGUAUUCCAAAUAAAGGAACAUGGAAACUACUUAUAGGUCACACAUUGGAUAAAACAAUUGUAGGAGAAGCUUCAGAUUCUCUUCUCAGAGAUUUGGAUAUCUAAGUUAGUGCAAGGAAGAUUAGA